AUGCACCUUAAAUCCCUCCUCGCUCUCGUCUCUUUCCUCUCGCUUAGGAACUCGGCGCCCAUCCCAGAUGGGAUCGAAGACCGAGCGAUUGCUGUCGAUCCAACAGUAGUUACCGCACGAGCCAUCGCUGUCGACCCAACUGUAGUUACAGCUCGAGGCAUUGCCGUAGAUCCCACAGUAGUUACCGCUCGAGCAGUCGCAGCUGAGCCCACUGUGGUCACUGCCAGAGCUAUUGCCGGAACACCCACCACGGUCAUCAAUAAACGACAAGAUGAUGGCGGUGUACGUACCGUCAAGCAUAUCGCUCGACAAACCGCUGUCUUAGGUGGAAACGCAGCUGGAGGUGGUGAUCCCGGUACGGACGAUGGGGGUGCGGAUCCGGUUACCACCCCUGUCGUUCGACCUGCAACUUCUCAGGCUGUUGGUUCUAAGCCUUGGUGGUGGAAUUGGAGCUGGUAG